AUGAAAAAAUUACAGGAGAACGAUAUUGAAGAAUUAAAAGCAGGCCUUUCGAAUGGCGCACGCAUCGUAGUGCAGGGUGAUGCAGACUACGAGCAGAGUCUCAAGCGUUGGUCUGCGGCGGCGGAGAAACGAGCAGCUAUUAUCGUUUUCCCUAACUCGCCCGCCGACGUAUCGCUAGCUGUCAAGUUCACUCAGGCGCAUCAGCUCGAGCUUGCCGUCAAAGGUGGCGGCCAUGGAACCAGCGGCUCUUCCUCAACCCAUGGCGGCCUCUGUAUAGAUCUGUCUCAGAUGUCCACGGUUCUGGUUGAUCCGGUGAAGCAAACUAUUCACGCUGGUGGCGGUUCUCUGUGGAAAGAUGUCUACGCAGCGGGAGAAUCUCAUGGUCUAGCCUGCGUGGGCGGCGCCGUCGAUGAUACCGGUGUUGGUGGCCUCACCCUAGGCGGCGGCUACGGCUAUAUGAGCGGGGCUCGUGGACUUGUCAUCGAUAAUCUAAUUUCAGUCGAAUAUGUCCUGGCUAAUGGAAAUAUUGUCACCGCUUCGGCUCACGAAAACCCGGACUUAUUUUGGGCAGCUAGAGGUGCUGGCGCCGGCUUUGGAAUCGCCACUGCUUUCGUCUAUCAAGCCUACGAACAGAAAGCCCCAGUAUGGGGUGGGCUCAUCAUAUUUGAAGCGGCACAGCUAGAUGCUGUCAUAGAGGCCGGAAAUCACUUCAUAAAUACAGACGAUGAGAAAGGUAGCUUGGUUAUCUCUAUCACUUGUCCACCACCUGCCAACGCCAUUGUGAUUUUGGCCUUAGUUUACUACAACGGGCCUGAGAGUGAUGCACAAAAUACCUUUGCUUCACUGCUGCGACUGCCAGCUAUAGCUAAUACGACGGGCUUCAUUCCCUACCCUGCUAUCAAUCAGCUAUUUAGCACUGGUCCCGCUGCGCAGGGGAUGCGACACUCCAUGAAAGGCGCUGCAUUUAUGUUUCCCAUGGCCCCAUCUUUUACCGAUUUACUCCUUAAAAAAUUAUCAUCGUUCAUUCAGGAAUGUCCCGAUGCCGCCUCGUCUCUCAUAGCCUUUGAAUUCUUCCCCUAUCGUAUGAUUACAGCCGUUCCCCAGACGGCAACAGCCUUUGCAAAUCGCGGAGCCUAUGGCAACCUGCUGACAAUAAUGGGUUGGAGAGAUUCUGCUAAUGACACGAAAUGUCGCGAGUGGGCCCGUGAAGUAUCCGCCAUGUCAAAAUCAGAAUUUAUGAAGCAGCGAGCCAAGUUGUCUGACAGUACAGCUAACGUAGAGGAUGGAGUCGGAGAAUACUUCAAUUAUGAUGGCCUCGGCAUCAGCGGGCAUGAAGUAUUUGGUGGUAACUUUGCGCGACUAGUGGCACUUAAAAAGCUCUAUGACCCUGGAAACCUUUUCUCAAAGGGUCCGAAUCUGUUGUAG